AUGCCUAUUAUCGUGAAAGACUUUUCUUGGUGGCAAACCGAUUGUAAAUUGUUUAUACAAAUUCAAAUUCCACACAUAUCUCAGAAAAAUGCUGAUAUUCUUACAUCUAGUAAAUAUUUAAAAAUUAGCUGUUUACCGCAUAUUUUUGAAGCAAUUCUUUGGGAUGAAAUAAACGAAGAAUGUAGUAAGUGUACUUUUGAUAAUGGAUGUGUUUUAUUUGAGUUACAAAAAAAGAACAGUGUUCAUUGGGAAUGUCUGACACUAAAAAAAUCGAAAGAGGAGUUGAAAAAGAUAAAAUAUGAAAUUUUGAAUAAAAUCAUUGAAGAACGCCAGAAUAAAUCCCAGCAUAAGGCUGUCGUAAAAACCGAACGAGACCGAUUAGCUGUCAAGGAACAAAUAAAUUUCGAAAACAAAGAACACCAACUUAUUCAAAGUAUUCGUGACGAAGAGAAAGAAAAAGUUUUGAAAGAAUUGAGUACGUGGAAAUCAAAAACAGAAAUUAUAUACGAUAAAAGAAUAAAUGAGAAAAAUAAUAAAGACAUUUUUUCAACGGAUCAACCAAUUAAGAUCUACGAGAUAGAAAACACACCGACUGAAUAUAUAGAUCAAUUGCCAAGCCCUAGAACUUUUAAAACAAUUGAGAUUAAUUUCACACCCAGACACUUUACUACUCCGAGUAGAGAAUCGACAAAAGCUGACGAGCAAGAGUGGUUACAAAAGCAGACGGCCGCCAGAAGGGCUGCAGGGUUUGUGGAAGAAGACUUGAGACCAGAAGAACAUGACCCGGAAUGGUGCUUACAAAAAGGAAAUACAUUUAUGACAGAAUUAAAUUACAUUGGAGCUGUAAGCGCUUAUUCGCAUGGGAUAAAGUUGAGUCCAAAAAUGGCUAUAUUGUAUUUGAACAGAUCUAAAGCCCACAUUCAAAUAAAAAACUAUCACAAAGCCGUCGAAGAUGCAACAACCGCGUUGGAGUUGAUGGUACCGGCGGUCGAUGGGAACGUGGGCUGGCGAGCCGAGGCGUAUUACAAUCGAGGCAGGGCACUGGUCGAGCUAAAUACCGCACACUUGGCCGUCGAUGAGCUCAGGUUGGCUUUGACAUUGGCGCCAGACCAGGCCAACGUCUACGGACCGGAGUUGCAGCGGGCCAUGGACUUGGCUCCGGCGCACGAGCUGGAGCUGACCAAGAGUCGAGAAUUGGACUUAAGUAACGCGCCGACCGUUUGGUGCAAAUGA